CGUAGGUCAUUGGCUACCGCUGCCGGUUCGGUUCCCUCCUCAAUUCGUCGCCAUCUUCCUUUUCCUACGACUUUUGUCUGCUAAAAGAUAUAAAUUAAAAUGGGUACCGUAGAACGCUCGGGUGAUGAUCAUACCUCUGAAGUGGAGUCGGGAGAAGAAGAAGAAAUUGUCGGAGGUGGCGAACUUGCGCAGCAUCUACUGAAGAGCGGAAUCACUCGCAACGAAAUGUUGGCGGCCAUUACGAAUCGCAUCCACGUCGAGACGCUGGCGGCGUUGCCACCUAAUGUGCGCCGGCGCAUUCGCGCGCUGCGCUCGCUACAGAAGGAGUUUGUUGACAUCGAGGCUAAGUUCUACAGUGAAGUGCACGCGCUCGAGUGCAAAUAUGAGAAGCUUUAUAAGCCUCUGUUUGAAAAGCGCGCUCAUAUUGUCAGCGGUUCCUACGAACCUACUGACGAUGAAUGUUUGAACCCUUGGCGUGAUGAGAGCGAAGAGGAGGAAUUGGCUCGCGCCGUACAAGGCGCCGCAAUUACUGAUGGCUCAGAAAAGAAGCCUGCUGAAGAAGAACCUAAAGCUAUUGAGCCCGCAAUGGACCCUAAUGUGAAAGGCGUUCCAGACUUCUGGUAUACCAUCUUCAGGAAUGUGUCUAUGCUCUGUGAAAUGAUGCAAGAACAUGAUGAGCCUAUACUCAAAUGUUUGCAAGAUAUUAAAGUGCAAAUGCAUGACGACCCUAUUGGCUUCACAUUAGAGUUCCAUUUCGCGCCAAAUGACUACUUCACGAAUACUAUAUUGACCAAGGAGUACUCUAUGAAAUGUAAACCCGAUGAAGAGAAUCCGCUGGAGUUUGAAGGUCCUGAGAUUUAUUCCUGCAAGGGCUGCGAAAUAAACUGGAAGAAAGGCAAAAAUGUGACGGUGAAGACGAUAAAGAAGAAGCAGAAACAUAAGUCGCGCGGCUCCGUACGCACCGUCACUAAAUCGGUGCAGGCCGAUUCAUUCUUCAACUUUUUCUCGCCGCCGGCCAUGCCUGAAGACCCCAACUCCACUCUGGCCUCUGAUAUUCAGGCGCUGCUGACUGCUGACUUUGAAAUCGGCCACUACAUCCGCGAGCGUGUCGUCUCCCGCGCCGUUCUCCUGUACACCGGCGAGGGUCUCGACGAGGAUGACGAUGAUGAUUACGAGGAGGAGGAGGAUUCGUACUCUGACGAAGAUUCCGGGACCGAGGAAGUAUCCGACGUGGAGGAUUGAUGCAAGAUUGUAGUUCAACUGCCCCCCUAGCGUUGUAAUUUACCUAACGGGUGACCGCCCGCCGGUUGAAAAAUCGCGCCCAAAUAAAACCCGCGACAUUUGAUAUGUAACCACGCUUCAACCGCGAAAAUUACUCUCAUAUCUGAACGUCCAUAUCAUUUGAAGUUAAACUAACUUUAAAAUUUCUAUAGCGAUUAAGUGAUCGAAUACUCUCGCAAUGCGUCGGGUAACUCUCAAAUUGGUAGUGUUAUACGCUAGAUGUAGUUGUAAUAACAUGUUUUGCAACCGUUCUAUGCAUGGUUUAUCUAUCGCUCGGAUAAAUAUGUAUUAGAAAUAUUAUUAUUAUUACGUUACUGGAUUUUUUUUUAAUUUGUUGAAGCGAGAAGUGUAUGGUGCCUUCUUAAUUAUUAAAAUAAUGCAUGUUACAUGUUGUUACGUCUGUUACGAUACCUAUAUUGCAUUUCUAGUUAGAUAUACAAUAUCUCGUUUUUAUUUAUUAUUAUAAUGUAAUUAUAGUGUGUAUUUUUGUUUACGAAUUUUAAAUGUUCGCUCGUGUACUAUGAAAUUUCAUGUGAUAUUAUUAUUGUCUAAGUUUUUUAUCGAUUUGUAUCGAAAUUUGUGUUGUCAUUCCAUUGAGAUGCUACUAGUUAAAGCCGUAUAUGAACAUAGGCAGUGUUUUGUAUGAAUCGUCCAUGUAUUGUAUUGAAUCUCUUUUUAGUGCCAAAAUGCAUUAUCAUCACUAUAACGUCGCAACUGUGAUCUUACUCAAUUGUAUUUAGAUAUUAAUAACUUGACAAUAGCUAGGUCGGAGUGUAGAUGUAUAUUUUUUUAUUUAUGUAAUCUUCUAUUGAAGUUAGCAUAAUAUGGUCAAUGUUUAGCAGCUCGUCAUAUAUACUGGUUAUUUUAUGGCUUUAGUUUUGGCAUGAUGUCGAUACGGACACAUUAAAAUUGUAUGCUUUUUAUCCGAGUGUGUUUUAUUUAACCUAGUUCGCAUGCUCUUAGUUAGCAAGUUUAUCGAAUGCAGAUGGUUGCAGAAUUCACGUAUAAUGUCGAUAAAUUAUGAAGGUAAUUAAAUAUUUGUGUGUCGUUAUACUCACAGGUGUUGUAUACUUAGUGUAUUAAUAUAAUAAACACGUUUCACAGGAGGAGGAGGAAUGUUCUACAGAAGAAAGUGAAGACGAUGAACCCGUUCCAAGGAGAAGAGCCAAGAAGCCAAUAAA